AUGGAGGUUAAGUGUGGAGACUUCAAGAGGUCAACCAGGAUCAUGAAGUUUGGUUUUUGUGCUGCUAGUGCAGUUGCAGGAUCAAUGCCUGAUAAUACAGUCUGUUCGUUUGAUCUUGAACUCAUAGAUUAUGUCGUAUGCUGUGAGCCUCUAAGCCCUCCCAUUAUUCAAUGUCAGAAUGGACAUGCAACAUGCAACUCCUGCUCUGUGAAGAUGGGUCAAUGUCAUGCUUGCACUUUGCCAAUCGGACCAAUGCGCUGUCCGAUAAUGGAAGCAGUCGUGGAGUCUUUAACGGUUUACUGCCAGAACAAAGUAUAUGGUUGCCAAGAAAGCUUCAGUUACGACGAAAAGACAAAUCACGAGAAGUACUGCUCUUUUAUAGAGUGUUCAUGCCCGCUUCCAGAGUGCAAUGUGAAGGGCUCCUCCGAAAUGAUUUAUGCUCACUGCAAAGAGUUGCAUAAAUAUAUUCUCACACCAUUUUACUUUGGACAUAAAUUUGUAGUUUCUGUGGACAUGAAUGAUAGGGGUUUGCUUCUCCAAGAAGAACAAUCAGACAUUGUGUUUGUUCUGAACAACACAAAGUGCUCUUAUAGGAAUAUUAUAACAGUGCUUUGUCUUGGGCCAUUGUCAAACGGAAGCUGCCCUUAUGACAUCGAAGUGAAGUUUGAUGAAUCCUCAAUUCACAGGUUUCAUUCUUCUACCAAGAAUUUUCAAGACACCAACAAGUAUUACCGUUCAUUGACAGGAUUCCUUCUUGUAGUGACCAAGAUUUAUUUGCUGACGGGUUGA